AUGGGGUGUGAAAACCAAACAGAAUGGACUGAAUUUGUCCUCUUGGGCAUUCCAUAUCCUCAACAGUUUUAUAUACCUUUAUUCCUCUUAUUUCUGCUUGUCUAUUUACUCUCGGUAAUUGGGAAUAUUCUGAUCCUGUUGACUGUAGUAUCUACAUGUAACUUACAGAAACCAAUGUAUUGGUUUCUCUGCAAUUUAGCUGUCAUGGAUAUUUCAGUAUCCACCAUAGUGGUUCCGAAGGUGCUGGGUGGGUUUGUGGAAGGAGGACGGGUUAUUUCUUUUGGAGGCUGUCUGACCCAGCAUUUGUUCUACCACUUGGUGGCCUGUUCGGAGUUCUUCCUCUACACUGUCAUGGCCUAUGACCGCUUCCUGGCCAUCUGUAAGCCUCUUCAUUACAACAUCCUGAUGAAUCACCGAAUGUGCCUCUGUCUUUCCUUGGGCACGUGGUUUGGUGGCUGUGUGCAUUCCAUCAUGGUUACCUCCCUCUCCUAUAGCUUGCCUUAUGGACCCAAGAAUGAGGUGAACUUCAUCCUCUGUGAAAUCCUUUCCCUGUUGAAACUGGCAUGUUCGGACACCUGGUUCCAGGAGAUCUUUACCUUGGUUGAUAUUGGCUUAGUAGCCAUCAUCUGUAUCUUCCUCAUUGCGAUGUCGUACAUGUAUAUUGUCACUACCGUUUUGAAAAUCCCCUCAGUGGAAGGACGGCAACGGGCUUUCUCCACUUGUUCUUCUCACCUCAUGGUGGUGAUGAUCUGCUAUGUUCCUGUAGCUUUCAAUUAUUUGAGAAGAGACACUCAGGAUCUUCUCAGUGGGAUGAUAGGUCUUUUCUAUACCACCUGGACUCCGUUCCUUAAUCCGCUCAUUUAUACCUUAAGGAACAAGGAGAUGAAAGAUUCCAUGCUGAGUCUGAGUUAUAGGAUUAAAUUCUAA